AUGUCGCAUUACCAUAACCAGCCAUAUUACCGCAACCCGUCUCCUGAACCAGAGCAGGACCUAGCCAUGAUGCCGCCGCAGAAUAACUACUAUUCGCCCGUCAACCCGUCCAUGCAGCGCCAGCCAGACAUGUCCUAUAACCAGAUGAGAGACAAUGGGUACGAUGACCUCCAUUAUCCGGAUCAACAUUACAUUCCGCAUAAUCCGGCGACGCAGUCGGAUGUCACGGCCGGAGCGGACAAUUACGGUCACGGCGCGGCGGGAGGGGGGAUGACUGGUCUUGCGUCGGGGGUGGCAUAUAGUCGGAGUCGGAGGCAGUUGCACGACUCGAGGGCGUACGAGGAGAUGGGAUACCAGGAGACGAUGCGUGGUGGGUAUGAUCCGGGCUAUGACCAUGGCCACGGACAUGGUUACGGGCAGAGAGACAUGCCUAGAGAUAUGCCUAGGGAUAUUAGAGAUGAUAGGGACAUGCAUAGAGACGAUAGGGACAUGCAUGGUAUAGGGCAAGGGGACAUGGGUGACAGGUAUAAUGGGAACGGAGGUGGAUACAGCGCAUACCAGGCGCCGGUUGGAGCACUCACGCCAGGACACUCCAGCCCGCAUUACUCUGGCUCUGAGAGGAGCAUACCGAGCCAGGGCCAGAGUCAGUACCCGAACCAGCACCAGCAACAGCACCACAACCCCAAUGGCGGGCCGGUCAGGUACCACUAUGAGGAUCCCUAUAGACGGGAUGAAUCUGGCCUGGGAGCCGUGCAUCCAGAGUCGAUCAAUCCGCAUAACAUCGUGGACGACGGUGAUGACGGAUUCAUACCCGAGCCAAAGAGAAGGUCAAUACUCAGUAUCGGCCAGAAUUCCAGCCACAACAACCUCUUCGCUGGCGCCGUUCCUGUAGCCGGUGCCGGUACCGGUGCUGGAACACGCAGUCCUCCAGGCGGCGGUGGAGCCGGAGGCGAGUAUAACCUGGCAACGGGCGAGAAGAAGGUGUUUGCGGAUGAAGAACGGUCAAGAAAGAAGAGACUCUGGAUUAUAGGUGUCAUCGUCGCUAUAGUCAUCAUCGGCGCUAUAGCUGGAGGUGUCACUGCAGGUAUCCUGGCCAAUAAAAGCAGUUCAGAGCCCAACAAGUCCGGAGGCACUCCCAAGUCUGGAGAAGAUGACACCAAGCUCAACGGCGACCUGGGCAAGAACUCGCCUGAAAUCAAGAAACUUCAGAACGAGAACCUCCACAAGGUCUUCCCUGGCAUGGACUAUACGCCUUGGGGGACACAGUAUCCUCUCUGCCUCAAAUACCCUCCCAGCCAAAACAACGUCACCCGCGACAUCGCCGUGCUCGCCCAGCUCACGAAUACCGUCCGUCUCUACGGGACAGACUGCAACCAGACAGAGAUGGUGCUGCAUGCCUUUGAACGUCUCGAGCUUAAACAGAUGAAACUCUGGCUAGGCGUCUGGAUCGAUACCAACACCACCACCAACGACCGCCAGAUCAAACAGCUGUACGAAAUCCUCGAAAAGACAGAAGACAAAUCCGUCUUCAAGGGCGUCAUCGUCGGCAAUGAAGUGUUAUACCGUGGCAAAAACGAUCCGUCAACCAUCACCAAGUUAAUGAAAUACAUCACCGGCGUCAGACAGGAGCUGGACUCGUUGAACCUCAAGCUUCCCAUCGCUACCUCCGAUCUGGGAGACGCCUGGACAAAACCACUCACCAAGAUCGUUGACGUGGUCAUGUCCAACGUCCAUCCGUUCUUUGCUGGCGUCACUGCUAAAGAGGGCACUUCCUGGGCUUGGUCGUUCUGGGAUUCCCACGACGUCGUCCUCACACAGGGCACGGACAAGGUACAGGUUAUUUCUGAAAUCGGCUGGCCCAGCGCCGGCGGUAACAAUUGCGGUGAAGACAAGUGUGCCGAUUCCACCUCUGGUUCUGUCGCGAGCAUCAAGGAGAUGAAUACCUUUAUGGAAGGCUGGAUUUGCGAAGCUCUCAAGAACGGAACAAAUUAUUUCUGGUUUGAGGCUUUUGAUGAGCCUUGGAAGAUAGUGUAUAAUACCCCGGGCAAAGAAUGGGAAGAUAAAUGGGGUCUCAUGGACCCUGGCCGAAAUCUGAAGCCAGGCGUCAAAAUCCCAGACUGCGGAGGGAAGACCAUUGACUAG